UUUUGCAGCGUUACAGGGGGGCGCAUGCGCACUACAUCCCGGCGCUACACACUCAGGAGUGUUCAAAGUUUGCGGACAACUGCGUUUCGCGUUUCUGUGAGGAAUCAACAGAGGACAAGCGUUUUCAAUGCAGUGGUUCGGAUUUGGCUUCAACGCGUUCGGACAAAUAUGUGUCAAUGAGGGAUUGAGUAAAGGAGCAGAUAGCGACGUCACCAAGGAAGUCAAAGUGAUCAGACCGACAGAGCUCACGAGUCAUGUGGAGAGAAGUGGCUGCUGCUUGAAGACCAGUCAAAUCAAAGCGAGCUGGAGUCGAAGAGCAUGUUUACAUCUGGUUGGUGACAGCCGCGUGUGCCUGGCAGGAUUCGGGGCAGACGUCUCCGGUGACUCCUGUGGUGAUUCAGUGGUAGAAAGCCGCGGCUGUAAAGAUGCUUUCAUCAGUGAGCUGUACCUCACCCUGGCUUUCCCAGACAGGAUUGAGUCCUGGGACCUCCAGAUGAAAGAGAAGACUCCAUCAUGGAGCAUGGAAAUAAAAACCCAACCUGAGAGCUCUGAACCCCCUCUGAAUCUCCCAUUGGUCCCUGGGGGAUACAUAGCCACAAAACCUCCCCUCUACCGCUCCUUAUCACCACACCUGAGAGCCAAGAGUCUGGCCCUGGGAGCAGAGCAUGCCAUCCUUCUGUGUGCUACAGGAGCUGUGUACACCUGGGGACUGGGCAGUCAUGGUCAGUUGGGGCAUGGAGGCCUCACUUCAGAGGAGGAGCCCAGGGCGGUGGAAGCACUCUGGGGGAUGCCCAUGAGCUGUGUUGCCACAGGAGGCUGGCACUCUGUCUGCGUUAGUGAUGGGGGUGACCUUUAUGUGUGGGGCUGGAAUGAGAGCGGUCAGCUUGGACUUCCAUCACGAGGUCUGAGGAAAGCACCACAACAGCAAAGAAGACAACAAGCAGGAGCAUCAUGCCAAGAUGACAGCAAGUCUCCUGAUAGGGAGUUAAACGAGACAGAGAGACGCGAAGAGGUAUUCAUAUCAAUCCAGGCUUUCCCGGCUCUGCUGGAUGUCACUCCGCCAUGUGAAAUCAGGACAGUCUGCUGUGGCUCCCGCCACACAGCUGCUGUAACAACCAGAGGUGACCUCUAUACUUGGGGCUGGGGUGAAUACGGCCAACUUGGACACCAGACCUUAGUCAGUUCAGAUGAGCCUCAGUGUGUGGAAUUCUUCAGGGAGCAGCAGAUGCAUGUAGUUGAUGUAGUGUGUGGGACAUGGAACACUUUUGUUGCUAUUAUCAAGGAGGAAGUAGCCUGCUCUUAAAAAUACAAGGGAAACCCCCUGAUAAACAUGAACAAUGGACUUUGGACAGCAUAUCAGGGAGUAUAAAUUAUCACAACAAAUACAUGGAGACUUUGGAUUAAAUAUAUUUUGUAAUAUAUAAAAGUUAUUUAUUUGUAUGCCUGUUAAACAUGAGUAAUUCAGUAGUUUUUGUAAACAUUUUUAAUUUUCUUUACAGAUAAAAAAAAAAUCAUAAGAGUAUUAAAUUUAGUAUUAAAUUUAAACAGCACAUAAAAACCGUAAAGGUGAUAAAAUCCACACAGAAAUAUAAUUUAAGGCAAAUAUUGAAAAUUGAGUGAGUGAAAAUUAAACAUUAAUGCAUUUCCACAGCCCACUAGAGGUCUUCACAGCACAAUCUUGAAAGAACUG